UCUGUCCAAAGGAUUAGUAGCAGUGGGGAGUGAUGCUGUUUCUCCUUUCCUCUGCAGUUCACGGGAGGUGAGGGAGCUCUGGCUGGAUUCGCUUCUUGGGCAAACAAAAGGACUGAAGGAAACCAGACUGUCCAGAGCUCCUCCAAUCAAACUCCUAAUGAAAGUGUUAAGCAGCUGUAAUACUUCAAAGACACUAAAUGCUGGGAACAUGGAGAGUCUGAUUGAGUGCCAGACAGAGGCUGAUGCCAAGAAAUGUCCCAUGUCAGUCCCAGCAGAUACUGAAGACAGACUUUGCCUCUCAAACGCAGAUGGAACAAAGAAAAGAAAGAAGGUGAUAUCACAGUCAUUUACUCUGAGACAAAGCCUUACCAAAAGAAAUUCCUCAGGACAGCUAGACUUGGGUACCAAAAUCACUCUGUUUGGCCAUCCUCUGGCACUUAUCUGUGGGGAAGAUGACACACUGCCCCAGCCAGUCCAGGAUCUCCUGGCCAUAUUGUAUAUGAAAGGACCUUCUACUGAAGGGAUAUUCAGGAAAACUGCCAAUGAGAAAGCACGAAAGGAAUUGAAGGAGGACCUAAACAAAGGCGGGAAUGUUGAUCUGAAAAGCAAAUCUGUGCACCUGCUGGCAGUGGUUUUGAAGGACUUUCUCCGAAAUAUUCCCUCCAAACUCCUAUCAGCUGACCUCUAUGAGAAAUGGAUGCAAGCUCUAGAGAAGCCAAGCAAGCAAGAAAAAAUUGAAGAAUUGAAAGAGUAAGUUUUUCAACCAGGAAAUUUUGCAACCAGUGCCAAUGUAAUGGAGCGGCUGGUAGAGGCCAACAGUGUCUUUCGAAAUCAAGACACUCAUUUAAAAGCCUGUCCGUCGUAUCAGGUUGCUAUUGCUCCAUGGGGUUUGCUUUAGAGGGCUCCAGCAGCAGCACUUCCUGAACCCUCUUCUGAAAUCUCUGUGUAGUUCUCUUUCAUCCUCAGCUGGUCAGUGAAAACUAAUGUCUGCUUUCUCCCCACAGAACAACUCUGUGCAGCUCAUCAGAAUGACUCUGCCUAUGACAGCCCAGAUCCUGAAGCAGAAUGCAGUCCCUGUGCCUCUGAGAUGAAGCAGACCAAAGGGAGAAGUGCUACUGUGAGCAGAAAACAUCCAACAAAUAUCUCUGCCCCUUCCCUGACUAAUUUCAGAAAUGACAUCAGCACAAUGGACAGGAGGUACUCAGAGUCAGACUUGUCCUUCCAGAACUGCCUUGAUGACACAAUAAGGAAACAAAGGCUAAACAAAAGUGAGGACAAUUUUCCCGUUCAGCAGAAACUGCUAUGGAUGGAGGCACUGGAGGAACGUCUUGCAGGCUUACCUUCACAAUUGUCAACUGACUCUCUACCAAAAACAUCCUCCAGUUGCUCCCUGGAGAGCUCUGAUGGCUCAGUUUUCACCAGCUCCCCAUUAGUUUCACCCUCUAGUCCCAAAAAAACCUUUUUAAAUAGGCCUCAGUCCUUUUCCACCAAGGCCACCGAAGACUGCAGUACGCCUAGCAGAGAGAUCAAAAAACAUUCCAUGUCAUUCUCUUUUGCAAACCGCAGGAAAACACUAAUAAAAACCCAAAGCUGGGGGCCUGGAAAACCCAUGUUUUUUCAGAGGGACAGUUUCACAAAGAAAGAAGAUCACUUCUCCUGCAGAAUUGUCCAGGAGGGCAGCCGUAACGAUGACAAACUACUGCCUGUGGAGUAUCAGCAAAGGCCCCGUCUCAGGUCAGUUGAUGAAGUGUUCAGAGAGGUAGACCAGGAAAACCCUAGAAGACCACCCUCUUAUGAAGAGGCUGUUAAAAACUGCCCGGCCACUACAGUUCCCUCCCAAAAUCUCACGGUUCAGACUCUGAGAUUAGCAGCGUCAAACCAGGAUGUUUUGCUGCCUCAUCCAUGCAGCCACAGUGCACAGGACACAGCAUAUAUGGAUCUGAGGGAUCUACGCAAGGCCAGAGUUUCUGCAACAAAGGAUUCUGACAUGGAAACUGAAACCUUCAGCAUCUCUGUAGGAGUAAACUCCCGUGUGAAUUUACCCGUGACCCCAGGAGUCUACCGGAUGAGAGCCAUGUCUGAGUCCUGUCAAAAGAACAAACUCGAAUAUGUGGCUCGGAGGUGCAGCCAGCCGGUUUUUGAGGUAGAGCAGAUCCAGUAUGCUAAGGAGUCCUACGUUUAAAAAGCCUGUCCUUCCUCUUUGCAUUGUACAGAGUAAAUAUUGUAAAAAUAGACAUCUUACUAAUCAUUUGUAGGAUUUUACAUUCAAGAGACAAAGAAUAAGCUAGCUCUUCAUGAACUUUUUUUCUGAAGUGUCAGUCAGCUUGACAUGUCACAUCCUUUCACCACAAGCAUUGGUGGUGAAGACCUGUGUAUCAUUAUGUGCAAAUGUAAGUUAGUAUGCUGUACAUAACCUGUUGUGUGGGAAGAGUAGUUAGCAGAUGAUAAACAGUGUUGUUUUUGUUUUCCUCAAAUGACAAUUACAAGGUUGGCAGGUCCAAAAUCUGUCUCACCUUCUUUAUGUUUUCUGUAUAGUCACAGACCCUGUACCAUUUUUCGUGUCUGUAUGUGUGCCAGGCUGAUGCAGUGCUUUGUUGAUUUUCUGCAUUAAAUGUGGGCUGGCAGUUACUUUAAUGGGGGAAGAGUUAUUCUGUCACCUAGGUCACUUCAACACUCUUCCAUAAACACCCUGUAUGUGCUGCCAUUCCAUCUUCCUGCUUGCUGGUGAUAAGAAUGAUAUGACCACUGAGCAGCAUAGUGUUGUACACUGAGCCUGGGGUUAGAGCCCUAUGAGGUCAUUAUGGGAAAGUAUGAAGUAACCCUCAAGUGUCCUGAGGUGCUUUUAGACUAAAUAAACUGGACAGGCAAAGAAAGGAAAAACAAGAAAGGAAAAGUAAGAAAGAAAGCAAGAAAGAAAAAAAGAAAAAACAAACAAAAACUACAAGGAAAUAUUCUGGAUUCCAGCUUUAUAUAGUUAUAGUUAAUAGAAAAAAAAAGACAAAAAAGAAAAUAGUAUGUGGUAUUCUUAUAAACUUGUAAAUAUGACUGGAAGUGCAAUGUGCUUUUAUGGGUCAGCAUAGCCUUAAACCAGAAGCAGGGAGACAUUUUUCUCCUGUGUAACUUCACUACAA